AUGGCCCACAAGCGUGCUGUGUCCAGUGAAGAUUCCACAUCUCAAAAUGACAGUCUGCCUGUCCAAGAAGCUAAACGGGUAGCUAAGCGCAAGAUCAAGACGAACGUCCAAUCAGCUACACGUGAAACUAAACGCAAGAAGAAGAGGAUCACCACUGCAGACCAGAGAAGAGCUAAGCGCAGGUCGUCUGUGGAAACGUGCCGUUCAGUGGCGACCACAGUGCUCAAGGGUAUUAUCAAGCUGCCUCGCAAGCGCUCCGCGCCUUCGCCUACUCCGUCCCAGAAGAGGGUUCACUUCAAUCUCCCGCCGAUGACCAGUAGCGAGGACAGCGAUCGCUGCCACAAGAAGCCUCGCCGGGAGUCACGCAGCAAGGAGCGUCGUCGACCAAGCCACUCAUCACGUCGUGCUCAUCAGUCGACAAGCAGCUCCUCGUCCAGCAGCAGUGGCGAGAGGAAGUGCCUUAGUGACCGCCAUCACCAUUCACCGAUACACCGAAGACAUGAUCGGUCCUCGAACAUCAAGAGACACUCUACAAGCCCGUCUUCAAGCAGCAGCAGCAGUAGUAGCAGCAGCAGCAGAAUCCACCGCUACACUAAGCGAUAUCGCAGAUCGCCUUCAAGCAGCAGCAACAGUAGCUCCAGCAGCAACAAAAUAAGUAGACGAAGGGUUAAAAAACAUGUGCGGUCGAAAAAGCACUAG